CCGCCCGCGGCCUGCAGCGCGCCUCCCUCACCGCCCAGGCUCUGGCGAGCCGCUCGGGCCGAGCCGUGGGAGCCACGGACAGCGCCAGCUGCUGCUGCGGGAGCUACUCCGGCUGCACCAUGCGGGAGCUGGCCAUCGAGAUCGGGGUGCGAGCCCUGCUCUUUGGGGUCUUCGUUUUCACAGAGUUUUUGGAUCCAUUCCAGAGAGUCAUCCAGCCAGAAGAGAUCUGGCUCUACAAAAAUCCUUUGGUGCAGUCAGACAACAUACCUACCCGCCUCAUGUUUGCAAUUUCUUUCCUCACGCCCUUGGCUGUCAUUUGUGUGGUGAAAAUUAUCCGGCGGACAGACAAGACUGAAAUUAAGGAAGCCUUCUUGGCGGUGUCCUUGGCUCUUGCUUUGAAUGGAGUCUGCACAAACACUAUUAAAUUAAUAGUGGGAAGACCUCGCCCCGAUUUCUUUUACCGCUGCUUUCCAGAUGGGGUGAUGAAUUCAGAGAUGCACUGUACAGGGGACCCUGACCUGGUAUCCGAGGGCCGCAAAAGCUUCCCCAGCAUCCAUUCCUCAUUUGCCUUCUCGGGCCUCGGUUUCACCACAUUCUACCUGGCGGGCAAGCUGCACUGCUUCACGGAGAGUGGGCGGGGCAAGAGCUGGCGACUCUGUGCUGCCAUCUUGCCCUUGUACUGCGCCAUGAUGAUCGCCCUGUCGCGCAUGUGUGACUACAAGCAUCACUGGCAAGAUUCUUUCGUUGGAGGAGUGAUUGGCCUCAUUUUUGCCUAUAUUUGCUACAGACAGCAUUACCCUCCUCUGGCCAACACGGCGUGCCACAAACCAUACGUCAGUCUCCGAGUGCCCACUUCACUGAAGAAGGAGGAGAGGCCUACGGCCGACAGCGCACCCAGCUUGCCUCUGGAGGGGAUCACCGAGGGCCCCGUAUGACGGGUGUCUGGGGAAGAUGGACGCUGAGCCCCUGGUUCAUUCUUCCACCCUGAUGUCAUUACACAGUGGAAAGGAUUUUCUGUAAUGUGAUUCUCGUCAGCCACUCUAAAGUCCUCCCCCCCAGCUUCCCGUUCUGUGGAUGGUGUUCCUGCCACUCUCCAUGUCUCCCUUCACCAUUUUCAACUUGUAAGGUUGGGACACCAGGAGCAGUCUCUGAGAGACCCAAGUACCAGGAAGGAGGAUGCGAGGGUUUGGUGGGCAUGCGUGCUCCACCGGCGAUUCCUUUCCCUGAGGGUCUGCGGAAGCACCCACCCUCCUCUGUGUUCAUGUUGUAAAAUAGAAUAAAGUCUCCCACCCAGAAGACGUGGUGCUGGCCAUGAGUGCGUCAAAGGUUAUUAGGUUUCAGGGUGAGGCCCAAAGUAGGCUCUGUCCCUGGAUCAUUCUAACUUUGGAAGCAAGGGGCUCCCUGUGUGGGGAGGUUGCCUCACAGGUCCUGGGUGCAAGAUUCUUGCCACCUUGCAGUCUAGAUUAGGGAGCCAGUUCUGAGUGUAAUUCCACCCUGGCAAAGAAUUCGCAGAGGACAGAGUGAGCUGGCAUGCUGGUGAGGGUGUCAGUCCUGUGGUGGCUUCCCUUGGGGAUUGGCCAGGGCAGCAGUAGAGGUAAGAACUGACAUUGAGGUGUCUUACCCCGCUGGGAGUUGCAUGUAGCACAGCUCUGUUCUGGGGGGUCUUUGGCGGCAGCAUGGUCUGGUUGCAGGCCAGGAGG